AUGACGGCCACUGAUUCCCGCCCGACCAUCCGCGUUGGGGUCUUCAUCCCGAAAGAAUGCCAGUUACUGGACAUGGCCUGCGUUGACGUCUUCGGCACCAUGAGCCACGAGUAUUUCACUAUACUCGGGGACGGCGUCCCAAGCCCGAUCGCCAACCUCGCCCCAAGCGUCAAGAUCUUCUACAUCUCCACCGUCCAACCCAACAACCCCAUCCCCAUGACCUCCGCCGCCCACCUAUGCUGCACCCACCACCUGUCCGACCCCGCAGUCCAGCCCGGCAAACUCGACGUCGUCCUGGUACCAGGGCCCGACCCGGCAACAGACUGGACCAAGCACCCCGAGGCGACGGACUGGCUGGCGGCGCACGCGGCGCGGGCCGAGACCGACAUCUUGAGUGUGUGCACGGGCAUCUACCUGUGCGGUGCCGCGGGCUUGUUGCGCGGGCGCAAGGCGUGCGGCCCUAGGAACUUGCAGGGAGAUCUGGCGAAGAAGUUUGAGGGGGUGCAGUGGGUGGGGGAGGAGAUGAGGUGGGUGAAGGAUGGGAAUCUUUGGAGUAGUGAUUUUGGAAGGCUGCGCUGA